AUGAGUUUUAAAGGCAAGGUAGUGCUCAUAACGGGUGCCAGCUCCGGUAUUGGAGCCGCGGCGGCAAUUGAAUUCGCUAAAAACGGAGCCAGUGUUGCCAUCGUAGGCAGGAACGUGGAAAAAUUGAACAAAGCCGCCGAAAACUGUUCAAAAUAUUCAAAACCGUUGGUAAUUAAGGCCGACGUACGCGACGACGAAGAAUGUAAAAAAAUUGUUGCAUCUGUCAUAAAAACUUUUGGAAAACUCGAUGUGUUGGUGAACAAUGCUGGUAUAAUGCGACAUGGAUCCAUUCUCGAAGGUAACCUCUUGGAAAUUUAUGAUGAGAUCAUGAAAAUUAACGUGCGAGGGCAUCUUAAAAUGUCCUCUCUCGCAGCACCAUAUCUGGUCAAGACUAAAGGUAAUAUCGUUAAUAUAUCAAGUGUCGCCGCCUCAUUGACUCCGAAAAUUAAAGGUGUUACUCCGUACUGUGUCUCAAAGGCGGCGUUAAACCAUUUUACACGCUGUGCGGCUGUGGAGUUGGCGGGUGAAGGCGUACGAGUCAACACAGUGAGCCCUGGGCCAGUUAUAACCGAUCUUUUGGAAAACGCCGGCAUGACAAAUGUUAACAUAGAAAAUUUUGGAGACAUUAUGCCUUUGAAAAGAGUAUCGCAGUCUGUGGAAAUUGCGGAUAUGAUAUUAUUUUUGGCAAGUGACAAAGCUGUUGGCGUGACAGGAGCGGAAUUUGUUGUUGACAACGGGUGCAUGUUUCAAUAACUAGUUAAUGUGUAA